AUGGAAAAAAAUAAAACGACAAUCACAAACUUAAAGAAUGUAUUGUACCAGCUCCUUUUUACCUAUGAUUUUUCCUAUUUCUCAGCAGACAGUAAAAGUCCCAGCUUUGUUUGUCAAGAAAUGGUUUUCAAAAAUCUUGGUACAGAUGUGCUUAAAUCUGCUUUUGAAGGUUAUAAUGCUUGUGUUUUUGCAUAUGGACAGACUGGAUCUGGGAAGUCGUACACCAUGAUGGGAAAUGCGGGUGAUGCAGGUUUAAUACCUCGAAUUUGUGAAGGAUUAUUCAGCAAAAUAAGCGAAAAAACAAAGCGGAAUGAGGCAUCCUUUCGAACAGAAGUCAGUUAUCUGGAAAUUUAUAAUGAACGUGUGAGAGAUCUUCUCAGACGGAAGUCAUCAAAAACAAAUAAUUUACGAAUACGAGAACAUCCAAAAGAAGGGCCAUAUGUUGAGGAUUUGUCUAAACAUUUAGUGCAAAAUUAUACUGAUGUAGAGGAACUCAUGGAUGCAGGAAAUAUAAAUAGAACGACGGCUGCAACUGGAAUGAAUGAUGUCAGUAGUAGGUCACAUGCCAUUUUCACGAUCAACUUCACUCAGGCUAAAUUUGAUUCUGAAAUGCCUUGUGAAACUGUUAGCAAGAUUCAUUUGGUAGAUCUUGCUGGAAGUGAGAGAGCAGAUGCCACUGGUGCCACAGGGGUUAGAUUAAAGGAAGGAGGGAAUAUUAACAAAUCCCUAGUUACUCUGGGAAAUGUUAUUUCUGCCUUAGCUGAUUUAUCUCAGGAUGCAACAAAUCCUCUUUCAAAGAAGAAACAAGUAUUUGUGCCUUACAGGGACUCUGUGUUGACUUGGCUGUUAAAAGAUAGCCUAGGAGGAAACUCUAAAACUAUAAUGAUUGCCACUAUUUCACCUGCUGAUGUCAAUUAUGGAGAAACUUUAAGUACACUUCGCUAUGCAAAUAGAGCCAAAAACAUCAUCAACAAGCCUACUAUUAAUGAGGAUCCUAACGUCAAACUGAUCCGUGAGCUGAGAGCUGAAAUAGCCCGAUUAAAAGCCCUGCUUGCUCAAGGGAAUCAGAUCGCACUCUUGGAUUCUCCAACAGCUUUAAGUAUGGAAGAAAAGCUUCAGCAGAAUGAAGCAAGGGUACAAGAACUGACCAAAGAGUGGACAAACAAGUGGAAUGAAACCCAAGAUAUUCUGAAAGAACAAACCUUGGCUCUGAGGAAAGAAGGGAUAGGUGUUGUAUUAGAUUCUGAACUGCCUCAUCUCAUUGGCAUUGAUGAUGAUCUGCUCAGUACUGGUAUCAUCUUGUACCACUUGAAGGAGGGCCAAACAUAUGUUGGCAGAGAAGAUGCUGUGACAGAACAGGAUAUUGUUCUUCAUGGCCUUGAUUUGGAAAGUGAGCAUUGCAUCUUUGAAAAUCUCAACGGCACUGUGAAUCUAAUACCACUGAAUGGAGCACAGUGUUCUGUGAAUGGUAUUCAGAUUACAGAGGCCACACACCUAAACCAAGGUGCUGUUAUAUUACUUGGAAGAACCAAUAUGUUUCGCUUUAACCACCCCAAAGAAGCUGCUAAGCUAAGGGAAAAAAGAAAGAGUGGACUGCUAUCUUCCUUCAGCUUGUCUAUGACAGAUCUUUCAAAAUCUUGUGAGAACCUGUCAGCGGUUAUGCUUUAUAAUCCAGGUCUUUUCCCUGUAAAAGGACCGAUCUGUCUAAGGCUAGAAUUUGAGAGACAACAACGAGAGGAGCUUGAAAAAUUAGAAAGUAAAAGGAAACAAAUAGAAGAAAUGGAAGAAAAACAAAGGUCUGACAAAGCAGAACUUGUAAGAAUGCAGCAAGAAGUAGAGUCACAGCGUAAAGAGACAGAAAUAGUACAGCUGCAAAUUCGAAAACAGGAAGAGAGUCUGAAACGGAGAAGUGUUCACAUUGAGAGCAGGUUAAAGGAUUUGCUGGCUGAAAAAGAAAAAUUUGAAGAAGAGAGAUUACGGGAACAACAGGAGAUAGAGCUUCAAAAGAAAAAGCAGCAGGAAGAAAUUUUUGCCCGAGUCAAAGAGGAAUUGCAGCGGCUACAAGAACUUAAUCAUAAUGAAAAAGCGGAGAAAAUGCAGAUUUUCCGUGAACUAGAAAAACUUAAAAAGGAAAAAGAUGAACAGUAUAUUAAACUGGAAUCAGAAAAAAAGAGACUUGAAGAACAAGAAAGGGAGCAGGUGAUGCUGGUGGCUCAUCUAGAAGAACAGCUUCGAGAGAAGCAGGUCAUGAUAGAGCUCCUGAAGAGAGGGGAUGUACAAAGGGUUGAAGAAGACAAAAGAGAUCUUGAAGAUAUUAGAGAAUCUCUUUUGAAAGUCAAGGAAGCCCGAUCUGAAGGUGAUGAAAACUGCGAAGAGUUAGAAAAAGCACAGCAUGAUUUCAUAGAGUUUAAAAGGAAACAACUGGAACAGUUGACUAUUUUGGAAAAAGAUUUAGUUCAACAAAUGGAUCACCUAGAAAAGGAAAUAGCAGAUGAAAGAGCAGCUCUGGAACAGUUAAAAUUUGCACAUGAAGAACAUUUAAAUCUCAAGAGAGAUGAUGAAAACUUUGUGGAUGCUGUACUCAAGGCUGAAGAAUUUGACAAGAUAAAGACAGCGGAGUACAGGCUCCAAUCUAAAGUACGCCAGCUUGAGUACCUGAGGAGUAAUCAUUUGCCAGCUCUGCUGGAAGAAAAACAAAGAGCUUCUGAAGUCCUGGAUAGGGGCUUGUUAGGGUUAGAUAAUACUCUCUAUCAAAUAGAGAAAGAAAUAGAAGAAAAAGAAGAGCAGCUUGCCCAGUAUAGAGCUAGCACAAAUCAGCUGCAGCAGCUUCAAGAAACCUUUGAAUUCACAGCCAAUGUAGCUCGUCAGGAAGAAAAGGUUCGGAAAAAGGAAAAAGAAAUCCUCGAAUCAAGGGAAAAACAGCAGAGAGAGGCGCUGGAGCAAGCUGUUGCUAAGUUAGAAAGGAGGCACUCUGCUUUGCAACGUCGUUCGACGAUAGACUUUGAAAUUGAAGAGCAGAAACAGAAGCUUGCCACCUUGAACAACAGCUGCAGCGAACAGGCAGGUCUGCAGGCUAGUCUAGAAGCUGAGCAGAAAGCCCUUGAACAAGACCGAGAACGCCUGGAUCAGGAAAUUCAGCAGCUGAAGCAAAAAAUAUACGAGGGUGAUGGUGGUCAGAAAGGAAAUCAUGGAACAUUAGAAGAGAGACUCUCCCAUAGCACUUCCCCUACCAGCCCAACAAAGCCACAGUCACCCGCUGCUCCACUCGUCGAUGAUAGGAUAAAUGCCUUUAUUGAACAAGAAGUGCAGAGAAGGCUCCAGAAUAUUCAUCAUAAAGCUGAGGAUAAUGAUAUUAGCCUGUCCUGGUCUACAGAAAGUUUAAAGGAUAAUGAGAGGCUUAAUAAUGGCACUGUUCAACGCAAGCUGAAGUAUGAGCGGAUGGUCUGUCGUUCUCUGGGAGCAAAUCCAGACGACCUAAAGGAUCCAAUUAAAAUUAGUAUUCCACGCUAUGUCCUGUGUGGGCAGGGAAAGGAUGAACACUAUGAGUUUGAAAUAAAGAUAACAGUCCUGGAUGAGACAUGGACAGUAUUCAGGCGGUACAGUCGUUUUCGGGAAAUGCAUAAAACUUUAAAACUGAAGUACCCAGAGCUUGCCACUUUAGAAUUCCCUCCAAAGAAGCUCUUUGGAAACAAGGAUGAACGAGUGAUUGCAGAACGGCGGAGUCACUUAGAGAAAUACCUCAGGAGCUUUUUCUCUGCAAUGCUGAAAUCUCCAUCAUCUCCGCUGCACAUUGAUAAAGUGGGGCUAACUCUGUCAAAACACACCAUCUGCGAAUUCUCACCCUUCUUCAGGAAAGGCGUUUUUGACUAUAGCAGCCACGGGACCAGCUAA